AUGACCCUGGAUAAUCGUGCGCAAGUAAUUAUUAUCGGUGCCGGCCUGUCGGGUCUCACAGCUGCCGCAGAACUGAAUCGUCAAGGGAUUGAUGUCAAUGUACUCGAAGCAUCAUCCGAUAUAGGCGGUAGGGUCAAUUCGGCCACCACCAAACUCGGGUCCCAUCUGGACCUUGGAGGGCAAUGGAUUGGGCACGGACAUGAUCGCAUCACUGCUCUGGUAGAAAAGGCAAGAGGUACGACAUAUCAGACGUUCUCAUGCGGUUUACCGAUGCUUGUUCGGGAAGGUCGCACCGUGUCUCUGUUUUCUUCAUCGGCGCUUCUUGCGACUAUCUAUCUCGUUAUUCUCGAGCUAGCGAGCCGGAUCUAUGUUCCGCAGGGCUGGAUCGAACUCUCAGUGGACAAAGCUAUUGCAACAUUCGUCCCUUUGGAGAUUGCUCGACAGCUCCUUCGUCUCCUCGUCACAGUUUCUUCUACCGCGGAAUUGAGCAUGUUCUCGACUUACAGCUUUGCGAAAUCAAUUGCUCUAUCUGGAGGGUUAUCGACAAUGUUACGGACGCAAGGCGGAGCUCAAGACAGUUUGGUGGUGGAGUCUAUGGGCAUCACUACUUCUAUGUUAGCCAACGAGCUCCCCCGGAAAGUUCUAACCGACAUGCCGGUCACCAGCGUGUCGCAAAAUGAUAGCGAUGGAGUGACUGUACGUACAGCGUCAGGCGAACAGUUCCACGCCAGAAAAGCCAUCAUUACAAUUCCACCGCCAAUGCUGAGAGGCAUCACGUUUGAUCCGCCACUGCCCCCCGAACGCAUAGCGCUUCAAGAAAAUACCCGCAUGGGCGUCGUCUACAAAGCCAUUGCUGUUUUCGAGGAGCCCUUCUGGCGCGAGGGAUUAGGCGGAGAAUUUCUCGUGCUUGACGACCCUGCAUGCGGCGUCUUCGAUUCUUCGUCGCCUGGAGGCCCGGGUCACUUGUGCUUCCUAGUCGCCGGCACCCCUGCACGCCAGCUCGACACGCUUGACUCAAAUGUGCGGCGCGAAAUGCUGUUGUCUCGACUUGCUCCACAUCUCGGGCGUCGAGUUCUCCAGCCCGUGGAAUGGCACGAAAAAGCAUGGCAUCUAGACGAGUUUUGCGGUGGUGGGUAUCUAGCAUAUGGCAUUGUUGGUACGAGUGAUGGGCUUCUACCGAUGCCCCAUGACCCGAUCAAUGAUUUGCACUGGGCAGGAACGGAGACGGCGCAGGAGCAUCCCGGAUAUCUUGAAGGAGCCGUGCAGUCGGGCGAGCGUGCCGCCCAUGAGGUCGCUUGUGCUCUUCGUAGAGCGCACGCUGACAGUAAUGAAAUAUUUGCCAGUUGA